GUUUCUGGAAGGUCCUGAACAAACUUGGAAUUGGUCCUGCAGGAGAUCAGGACGAUCAUGGACCCGAGGAGUCUCGUCCUGGAGCUGAUCGGGGUCGCGCUGAGUGCGUGCGCAUGGUGGCUGCUGCUGGCGUGCACUCUUAUGUCCGCUUGGCUCACCUUGUCUACGGAGCUACUUCCGGCGGAAGUGUACGAAAUGGGCCUGUGGGAGACGUGCGUGGUGCAGGCGCACGGCGCGCUCCUGUGUCGGCGGCACGAAAGCCCACUGACGCUGCCGCGCGACAUCAAGCUGGCGCGCGCGCUCGUGUGCACGGCGCUGUGCGCGGGGCUUCUCGCGCUCGGGUGCGCCAUCCCGGGCCUGCACGUGAUCAACGUGGGUGACCGGCGCGCCAAAAAAGUGAUGAAGAUGUCGGGCGGGGUGGUGAGUGUUGUGAGUGCGGUCCUGGUUCUGGUCGCAGUGUCCUACGUCGCUCAUGUGGCCGCGCUGCGCUUCUUCGACGAGUCGGUGCCGGAGAUAAUGCCGCGCUGGGAGUUCGGCGACGCGCUCUUCUGCGGCUGGACGGCAGGUGUGCUGCACCUGACGGCAGGUGUGCUGCUGCUCGCCUCCUGUGCGUCCAUGCGGAGCUUUCACGCUGCAGACCCAGUGGAGACGCUGCAAACCGGAACCCUCGGAACCAGGACGGAGUACGUGUGAAAGCACUGGUGGGAUAGUCCCGAGAUACCUUCGGAAAUAUCAUAAGGAAUAUUCUUACUUGAUGCAGUUGGACCAAACCAUAUUAUAACCAUUUAUUUUUGUGGGACAACAUCAUUAACUUAUCCUUGGAACAUUCUG